AUGAAUCGAGAUUUUAAAGAAAUAGAAAUGUUGGAAUUUCCGGCAGACGAAAAUGAUGAGAUCGAAACCACCAUAUCAUCUGAAACCGAGGGAAUUGUCUCAGACUCAACCACACAAAAUGACAAGGCUUUCAACCCCAGGGAACCUCUCUCAGAUGCAUCAACCGGCUCCUCGCUUUCGCAAUACUUUUCCGACAGAACUGAGUACAUGUCUUUAUCUGAGUGGCUAGAUUCAGAAGUUGCUCUCCAUUUCCGUUUUGAUCAAGACAGAUAUAAGGCCAGCUUAGAGAAUCAAACACCCUUGGACAAAGAGUAUGUCAGGUAUAUUGAGAACAGCUUUAAAAUAGUCCAGAGUUUGGUAACAGAUUUAAUUUUGGCAGAAGAAGAAGAGAGUUCUUCUCAGCCAAUUGGUGUGAUAACUAGCCAAAAUGAGAGAUCGGGGCAAUCGCAGUCUCGUAUGAUUGACGAUGCAUUCGACUCUAUUGUGAAUUCCUUGAAAUCCUCCUUUGCCGAAGGAUCGGAGAUCACGAAAGGUGAAAAAUUGGUAGGGAAAUUUAACUACUUGUUGGUAACCCUAGAGUGCUUAAGAGCCACUUGUUUUACUGGUGAUGUUAGGAGAAUCCCCGAACUCAUUGUGAAAUGGGUCAACAAGUUUGAUCCACAACCGUCGGCUCAGUUAAUAGACGAAGUAAUGACUGUCAGUCCUCAAUGCUAUGCCCAUCCAUUGUUUUGGAACACAUUAAUUUCCAAAGCCGUUUGCAGAGGCUUAUUCAAACAACUUUGCAACAUACUCGAACAUUCUCAAUAUAAAGAACUCGAGAACAGUGAGAACGAUUUAUAUUUGGUUAUAUCUAAUUUAAAGGAGUUACUUUCGAGCUAUACAUACAUGGCACUCAAGGGCCAGUUCCUCCAAUGGAAACUAUUAGCCUGCAAGUUUAGAGAUGACUUAGUUCUGGUCAGGAUUUCAACUAGCGAGGAUUCAAAAAAGAACUUUUAUAAAAUAAUGCUAAGUCAGAUACACGACAUUUCUUGCAUAAUGACUGGGUUUGCGCGUACCAUAGCUAACUAUUGUGACAAUUGGUAUGAAUUGUAUUUGGCAUACUCGUUGUACCAAAUUCGGGACGACGACAGCGUGUACCUGGAGUAUUUGCAACAGUCACUAAAGGAGAAACCGCCAGCAUCUAAUUUUGUCGAUGGUAAUUACGAGGAUAUUGACGAAUUGACAGAGUCUUGUCUUUUGAACAUUUUGGAAGGUAGGUUUUUGAAAGCUCUUGAGAAUAUCGAUGAAUUGGACACUGCCACUGCAGCAUAUAUCUCUUUGCUUUUGGAACUUAAGGGGUAUUUGAAUCCAUAUUACUCUACUGACAUCCACAGAAGCAACAACUUGAUGGAAAUGUUUAAUAAGAAGAAGAUUUCGGAGUAUUUCUUGGUCCGCAAUGCCUAUGAUUGUUUAAAUGUUCAUGCACUUGUACCAGUUGGGGUUGGUCUUUUAUCAGACAGGAUACUUAAUCCAUCACCUGAGACUAGGGAGAGACAUAGACGGACAAUUUCCCAAUUUCUCCCUAAAUACAAAGUACUCUCAGAUAACGAUCAAGAGUGGGCCUUGACGGUAUGCGCCGACUUACACUUGAUUUCCACGGCAAGAGAUUUACAUUACCAAGCGGGUCUUAGAGCAUUUCAGCAGCAGUUUUUGUACGACGCUUUAGACAAUUUCGUUCAAUGUUAUGAUCCUGACAAAACUUCUGGCUCAUUUCACAAAGAAGGAUUACAACAAAUCCAAUACAUAGUGUGGGACGUGAUUUUUACUGAUUGCCUUGUAUGCAACACGCCAAUACAAGAUGAGUUAAUCAAUGGUAUAGUCGAUCAAAAGGUUGACUUAGACAUCCACCCAAUAAUUCAGCAAUGCAUUUCCCCUUAUGCAGUUUUAAAAGAGUUUUAUGAUUCAUUGAAAGCAGGAAAGUCUGAUUCGUCGUUGUUGAUCUCAAGAAUCUUUCAUCUUUUGAAAUUCAAGUUUUUGCCAGAAAAAUUCAAACCCUUGCUAUUGUGCCAGUUUCUUCCUUUCUUAGAAGAUGAUGCAAAUCUACAUCUACAUCAGUCCGACCUAUUCACAAUCAUUGAGUUGAUCGAAGAUUAUGAAAACGACAGCAGCGAGCUCGAUAGAAAAGAAGGGGAAAGUCUCUACGCUGCUUCUGUAAUUCUGAAAGACGAUGAGGAGUUGGAAGCUUAUGAUUGGAGGAGGACAUUGAGUAUUCCCACCAAAUUUGAAGGUAUGAUCAAGCUAAUGAGACGUCAGUUGACAAUUCAAAUAGGGCAAAAGUUUAUAGAGUAG